AUGCCUUCCCUAGCUUCUUGUGCCCGUUCAGGCCCGUACGCCAGGCUUCCACUCCUGCCGGCGAGCGAUUGGUCCUCUCCCAUUCUUCUCGCCGUGUCUCGUGUGGUCGACGCCUCGCUGGGAAUGGUGACCAUUCCUCUUUGCCCCAUCCUUGCUGCCGACGGCCAGCCGUUGAGUGUCUCGCCCCGUCCAGCCUCUCCUCUCGCGGGCGGCUUCGGUUGGGCGAGCGUGACUCUCCACUGGGCCUCUUCUUCCACCGCCUCUGUUGGCGAGGCGAGCGUGAUUCUCCCCUUCGUCGCCCUUCCUGCUGCCAACGUGGCUCAAGCGAGCGAGAUUCCGCGCUCUGUCUUCCUUCACGUGCCUGCUGUCGACCGGGAGAGCGCAGCUUGCUCUCACGCUUUUCUCCCCGUGGCUGCACCCUGCCGCCGUGCCGCUCCGUUCUUGGCUGAGGUCCCCUGGGCGAGCGCGAGUCUCUGUCUUGCCGUCCUGCCAGCAGUCGGUGCUCUUAUGGUGUGCGCGAGCGCUCUUCCUUUCUUCCUCCGUGCGAUUCCCGCGAUGCCUGCAACUCGCGCGCCUCUUCCCAUUGGUUCUGACGCUCCUGCUGCAGCGCGUCGUGUGGGUAAUGCCCUCCCCGACGUUCAAGACCUUCCGCACGCUGCUCCUCCCGCGCCUCACUCAAUUCCUCCACUUCCGCCUCGUCUGAGUUGA